UCCCCUGGCACAUUCCCGGCACCCUGCGACCAUCUCUCAGCAUGCAGGAUCCUGGGAGAUCCGCAGUGCAGGAGACAUAGAAUCUGGGGGCAGAUCGGGAGCGGUGCCGAGAAAAAUUUCCUUACUCGAUGACAUUUCAUCGCAAUGUCCGAUCGUUUGGGGCAAAUAACGAAGGGCAAGGAUGGGAAAAGCAAGUAUUCGACUCUCAGCCUGUUUGACAAGUACAAAGGAAGAUCAGUAGACUCGGCCAGAUCCUCAGUCAUUCCUAGACAUGGCUUACAGAGUCUUGGGAAAGUUGCCACAGCCCGGCGCAUGCCGCCGCCUGCAAACCUGCCAAGCCUGAAGUCUGAGAACAAAGGAAACGACCCCAACAUCGUGAUAGUACCCAAGGACGGGACGGGAUGGGCAAACAAGACGGACCAGCAAGACCCAAAGAGUUCCAGUGCAGCGGGCUGUCAGCCGCCGGAGUCGCUGCCGCAGCCGGGUUUGCAGAAAUCUGUCUCCAAUUUGCAGAAGCCGACGCAGCCAAUCAGCCAGGAGAAUACAAAUUCAGCGCCAGGUGGACCAAAGUCAUGGGCACAGCUGAAUGGAAAGCCAGCAGGACACGAAGGUGGUUUAAGGGGCUCAAGCCGACUGUUAUCCUUCUCUCCCGAGGAAUUUCCGACGCUGAAAGCAGCUGGGGGGCAGGACAAGGCUGGCAGAGAAAAGGGCGUCUUAGAUCUGUCGUAUGGGCCAGGACCAAGCCUCCGCCCGCAGAAUGUGACGAGCUGGAGGGAGGGCGGCGGGCGGAACAUCAUCACUGCCGCGGCUCUGAGCGCGUCCCCGCCUGAGCCAGGCAGCAGGAGCGCGGGCGUGGGAGACGGAGCCCCCUCGUCCGCCGGCACCAGCGACGCCAAGGACCCCUCGCUUCGCCCAGCCCAGCCCGCCCGCAAAGGGGCUUCGCAGUUCGUGGGCAACGUGUACCACCCACCCGCCUACCAUGACAUGCUGCCCGCCUUUAUGUGUUCGCCGCAGUCAUCCGAAAACCAGGCCCCGGUGGACCGAGGCUCCUUCCCCCUCCCUCAGCUCCGCCUGGAGCCCCGAGUUCCUUUCAGACAGUUCCAGAUGAACGAGCAGGAUGGCAGCAAGGAAAGCAGGCCACCGCUUACCCGGCCGGUGCGGCCCCUGCGGCAGCUGGUGGAGCGGGCACCGCGGCCCACGAUCAUCAACGCCGAGAACCUGAAGGGUCUCGACGACCUGGACACGGAUGCCGACGAUGGCUGGGCAGGCCUCCACGAAGAAGUGGACUACUCCGAGAAGCUCAAGUUCAGCGACGAUGAGGAGGAGGAGGAGGUCGUGAAGGACGGCCGCCCCAAGUGGAACAGCUGGGACCCGAGGAGACAGCGGCAGUUGUCCAUGAGCUCUGCGGACAGUGCCGAUGCCAAACGCACCCAAGAGGAAGGGAAGGACUGGAGUGAGGCCUCGAGCCUGUCCCGCGUCGUCUGGAAAGUGCCAGAGCCUCAGCCGCCGGCCAGGAAGCUGCACGGCUGGGCGCCGGGCCCGGAGUACCAGAAGCCCUCUGCAGGCAGCGUGUUCCGGCAGCAGUCUGUGGAGGACAAGGAGGACAAGCCUCCUCUGCGGCAGAAGUUCAUCCAGUCCGAGAUGUCGGAGGCCGUGGAGCGAGCCCGCAAGCGGCGGGAGGAGGAGGAGCGCCGGGCCCGCGAGGAGAGGCUGGCGGCCUGCGCAGCCAAACUGAAACUGCUGGACCAGAAGUGCAAGCAGGCCCAGAAGGCCAGCGGGGUCCAGAAGCAGGCGGAGAGGGACGCGCCCCGGUCCCCAGGCCUGGAGAAGGCCGCCCCACAGGAGAACGGGCCUGCCCCCCGCAAAGGCUCCCCGGAGUUCCCUGCACAGGACACCCCCACUCCGUUCCAAGAAGAGGCACCCGCCACCUCCCCAGUGGUGGCUCAGAGCAGCAGCAUCGAGGAGGAGGCCAGGGAGGCCGGGUCCCCUGCACAGGAGUUCAGCAAGUACCAGAAGUCGCUUCCUCCUCGGUUCCAGCGCCAGCAGCAGCAGCAGGAGCAGCUGUACAAGAUGCAGCACUGGCAGCCAGUGUACCCCCCGCCCUCCCACGCGCAGCGCCCCUUCUACCCGCACCACCCCCAGAUGCUGGGCUUCGACCCCCGCUGGAUGAUGAUGCCGUCCUACAUGGACCCCCGCAUCCCGCCCGCCCGGACCCCUGUGGACUUCUACCCUUCGCCACUGCACCCUUCAGGACUGAUGAAGCCCAUGAUGCCCCCAGAUUCCCUCAAUGGGACUGGCUGUCGCUCUGAAGAUCAGAACUGUGUGCCACCACUGCAAGAAAGAAAAGUGACCCCCAUCGACCCAGCCCCGGUGUGGAGCCCAGAGGGCUACAUGGCGCUGCAGAGCAAGGGCUACGUGCUCCCCCACGCCAAGUCGAGUGACACCUUGGCGAUGGACAUGCACGUCAGGAAUGAAAGCUCUUACUGCGCCUCCCCUGGAAGGUCAGGGGGCAUAAGUGCCCAGCGCGACCUCUUUGAGGAGAGAGGGGAGGAGUACUUGAGUGCUUUUGACAAGAAGGCCCCGGCAGACUUUGACAGCUGUAUUUCUUCUCAAAGAAUAGGCCAGGAGCUUUUGUUUCCACCCCAAGAAAAUGUUCAGGAGGUGGGUGCUCUUGGGGGUCACACCCAAAACCUUAGGUGUCCUCCCUUGGAGCCUGACUUUGUUCCCACUGAGAAAAAGCCCGAGUACGGCAGUUGGGACAUUGGCCACCAGCCAAAGGCUGCCGACACAGCCGACGGUGUCGAGCCAGAGGCGCCCCGAGAGGAGGCAGCCUUCCACCUCUCCUGGGAGAAGGAAGGGAGCCCAGAGAAGCCGCCAAACCCAGAGCCAGAGUGGGCGCCCGAGCCCCGGAGCUCCAGCACUCAGCAGCAGGAGCAGCCGGGCAGGACCCGGAGGUCGGGGCCCAUCAAGAAGCCGGUCCUCAAAGCCCUCAAGGUGGAGGAAAAAGAGAAGGAGCUGGAGAAGGUGAAGCAGGGGCUGGGGGAGGAUGGCACACGGCUGGCCACAGAGAAGGAGCCGGCACACAAAGCCCAGGAGGACGAGGACGAGGAGAACAACCCAGCCCUGGCCAAUGCCUCCCCCGCCACCCCGGAGGACAAGGCCUCGACCCACGCCGGCUUUGGCUACGAGGCCAAGUUUGAUGAGGACGAGAAGCCGGACAAGACCUGGGAGAGCAGAGCGUCGCGUGAGUCCAGCGACAUCCCCCCGACCAAGAGAAACAACUGGAUCUUCAUCGACGAGGAGCAGGCCUUCGGGGCUCGAGGACAGCCCCGCAGCCGCGGCCGGGGCUUCCGGGAAUUCACCUUCCGAGGCCGGCCCGCCAGCGGGAACGGGAGUGGCCUGUGUGGCGGCAGCGGGGUCCUUGGGCCGCGAGGCAUCUACAGCGGCAGCGGCCAGCGGAGUGGCCGGGGCCGGGGCCUGCGUGACUUCCCCCAGCCUGAGGACUGUGCCCGCGCCAAGCCCCGGCGCAGGAUCGCCAGCGAGACCCACAGCGAGGGCUCGGAGUACGAGGAGCUCCCCAAGCGGCGCCGGCAGAGGGGCACCGAGAGCGGGCCCGAGGGCUCACUGCUGGAGAGGGACGAGGGCGCCCUGAAGAAAGACUCCUGGCGCUCCAGCAAGACCUACUCUGACGAGCAGGGCGGCCUGGAUGCCAGGAGCCGCGGCCCGCGGGCCUUCGGGCGAGCGCUCCCACCCCGGCUCAGCAACUGUGGCUACGGGCGCAGGACCCUCGUGGCCAAGGAGCCGGCCCACUGGCAGAGCAGGAGCCCAGGCGGCUCCUGGCAGGAAUACGGCCCGGCCCGGAGAGCCACAGACCGAGACUACAUCCCAGACUCCUACCGACACGCUGACUCGUUUGGCGGCAGAGCCUUUGAGGACAGCCGCCUGGAGGAGAAGAGGGCCUUUUUCCAGGACGACCACGCGGCAGACCCCGAGGGCGCGGAGAACCGGCCUUUCCGGAGGAGGCGCCCCCCGCGCCAGGACAAGCCGCCCCGCUUCCGGCGCCUGCGGCAGGAGCGCGAGUCCUUGGGCCUGUGGGGCCCCGAGGAGGAGCCCCACCUGCUGUCGGGGCAGUGGCCAGGCAGGUCCAAAUUCUGUCCCGGGGACAAGGGUGGCGCUGGGGGCCGCCGGUCCCCUGAGCUGUCCUACCAGAACUCCUCCGAUCACGCCAACGAAGAGUGGGAGACGGCCUCAGAGAGCAGCGACUUCAGCGAGCGCCGGGAGCGGCGCGAGGCCCCCGGGCCCGAGCCCCACCCACAGGGGGACGCUGGCCUGUCCGGGGCCGCUGCUGGGGAGAAGAAGGAGCUGGCCAAGAGGAGCUUCUCCAGCCAGAGGCCCCUGGUGGACAGACAGAGCCGCAAGCUGGAGCCGGGAGGGUUUGGGGAGAAGCCGGUUAGGCCAGGUGGUGGUGAGACGUCCCCCCGUUAUGACAGCCAGCAGAGUGGGACACCCUUGAAAGCCAAAAGGUCCCCAGACGAGCCCCUUGCCGGAGGUCUUGGCGGCUGCAGCAGUGGUAGCAACCACUCGCCCUAUGCCAGCCCUGAUAGUCCUGAGGCCACCAGUAAGAGGACAGAAAAAGAGGCUGUGUUGGCUGCUCAGAGGGCUGGUGAGCAGGACGAAGUCCGGAAGCAGUUUGACCUGAGUUACGGAAAUGCCAUCAUUGACAACUGUGGGGCCAGCCCUGGGGAGGAGAGCGAGGUGGGCUCCAUGGUAGGAGAAGGCUUCAUCGAGGUCCUGACUAAGAAACAGCGCCGCCUGCUGGAGGAAGAGAGGAGAAAGAAGGAGCAGGCCGCACAGGUGCCAGUCAAAGGUCGAGGCCUUUCUUCUCGUAUUCCUCCUCGAUUUGCUAAAAAGCAGAACAACCUGUGCCUGGAGCAAGGGGACGUGGCCUUGCCUGGCAGCAGCCUGGGUACCGAGAUCUGGGAGAGCAGCAGCCAGGCCCUCCCUGUGCAGCCUGCCGCCAGCGACUCCUGGAGGAAAGCUGUCUCCGCCUUCAGCGGCACCGAACCCAGCUCCACUGAGCAGGGUUUUAAGAGCAGCCAGGGAGAUAGUGGCGUUGACUUGAGUGCCGAGUCUCGGGAGUCGUCCGCGACCUCCUCGCAGCGCAGCUCCCCGUAUGGUACUCUGAAGCCAGAGGAGAUGAGCGGGCCAGGCCUGGCGGAACCCAAGGCCGACAGCCACAAGGAGCAGGCCCAGAAGCAGUCGGAGCAAAAGGGUACCGAACAGAGCUCGGGACAGAGCAAGGAGCACAGACCAGGACCCAUCGGCAAUGAGCGGUCUCUGAAGAACAGGAAGGGCUCGGAGGGGGCCGAGCGGCUGCAAGGGGCCGUCGUCCCGCCUGUUAAUGGGGUAGAGAUUCACGUGGACUCUGUGCUGCCGGUGCCGCCCAUUGAAUUUGGAGUUAACCCAAAAGACUCUGAUUUCAGUUUGCCACCUGGCUCUGCCUCUGGCCCUGCAGGGAAUCCGGUUGUGAAACUUCAGGACGCCCUGGCUAGUAAUGCAGGGUUAACACAGAGCAUUCCCAUUCUCCGCCGGGAUCAUCACAUCCAGAGGGCUAUCGGUCUGUCCCCGAUGUCUUUUCCCACUGCUGACCUCACACUGAAGAUGGAGUCUGCGCGCAAGGCUUGGGAGAACUCCCCCAGUUUGCCGGAGCAGAGCUCCCCGGGAGGUGCGGGCUCUGGCAUCCAGGCUCCAUCCUCAGUGGGUGCCUCCAAUGGAGUGAACUACAGCUCCUUUGGUGGAGUGUCCAUGCCACCAAUGCCUGUGGCCUCCGUAGCGCCUUCUGCUUCGAUGCCAGGCAGCCACCUCCCUCCUUUGUACCUGGACGGCCAUGUGUUCGCAAGUCAGCCCCGGCUGGUUCCUCAGACCAUACCUCAGCAGCAGAGCUAUCAGCAGGCCGCCGCUGCCCAGCAGAUCCCGAUUUCCCUCCACACGUCUCUGCAGGCCCAGGCUCAGCUUGGGCUGAGGGGCGGGCUGCCCGUCUCCCAGUCCCAGGAGAUCUUUAGCUCCUUGCAGCCCUUCAGGUCUCAGGUGUACAUGCACCCCAGCCUGUCUCCACCCAGCACCAUGAUCCUGUCUGGGGGCACAGCCUUGAAGUCUCCAUAUUCUGCGUUCCCGGGCAUGCAGCCCCUGGAGAUGGUGAAGCCCCAGUCCGGCUCUCCCUACCAGCCCAUGAGCGGAAACCAGGCCCUGGUCUAUGAGAGCCAGCUCGGCCAGGCUGCCGGGCUGGGUGCCUCCCAGAUGCUGGACUCCCAGCUGCCACAGCUGACCAUGCCACUGCCUCGGUACGGCUCUGGGCAGCAGCCACUGAUCCUGCCACAGUCCAUUCAGCUGCCGGCGGGGCAGAGCCUCUCUGUUGGGGCUCCCCGAAGGAUUCCUCCACCUGGGUCCCAGCCACCAGUCCUGAACACCAGCAGAGAGUCCUCUCAGAUGGAGCUGAAAGGCUUCCACUUUGCCGACAGUAAACAGAAUGUUCCUACAGGAGGCACCAUACCAUCGCCACAGACCUACAGGCCUAGCUCUGCUAGCCCCAGUGGGAAGCCCUCUGGAUCAGCAGUUAACAUGGGCUCUGUGCAGGGACACUACGUUCAACAGGCCAAACGAGUGGAUGAAAAGCCCAGCCUGGGAGCUGUGAAGUUGCAGGAGGCCCCCUCAGCCGCCUCCCAGGUGAAGCGCACCGGAGCGAUCAAGCCUCGGGCAGUCAAAGUGGAGGAAAGUAAAGCCUGAUGUUGCCCGGCCGCCGCCUUGCCUCACCCCAACAGGGACAGUGCCACCAUCUGGCCUGGACAGGACAGCCACCACUCGGGAACCUCACCGGACCCAGUGUCCACCUGGCCUGGACCGAGAGCAACUCCUCUCCUCCACCCCCGAAAGCUCCAUCGUCAACCAGCUCACACCGUGGAAACGUGGCAUUGACCUGCUUGCUUCGAGACAAAAGAGCAACGACUCCCUCCCUCCUGCCCCUCCUUCCCAGUGACUGUGGAGUGAGUUGCCUUCUGUGCACCGCAGCCCUACCGCCCGCCCCACCCCCAGCCACAGUGAUUUGGCAGCAGGGUCAUUUUAGCCUGAAGCUUUUUGUUUUAAAAAGCAGCUAAGGUUUUUACAAAGGGGAAAGGAAAACAAAAUGCCAGCUACGUCUGUAUAGCUGAACUUUUAUACGUUCCUCGCUGCCCUCUCCCCAGCCCCCCUCUGCUGUCCCUAAGGGUCUCCUUUUACCUCGUCCUGUUUGACACGUAACUGCGAUACCUUGAGAGAGAACUCCUAAGAACAUGCUCCCCCAAGCUGAUCACCUUUUGGCGUCACUGAGGGAGGACACAGUUGUGAGCGCUCUGGGGUGUGCUUGCUGCUGGAGGCAGCAGGGGAGCAGAGCGGUGGGUAGGUGGUGUCACAGUUGGGUACCAGGCCUGGCCUCAAGGCAGGCGCUGUAACGUAAGAGUUCCAGGAAUUCCAGACCUGGGCUCUGCUGAAGCCAGUGGACACACUGACUGUGGGGUGCCUGAUUGUGGAGGUACAGCCCAUCACUUCCCAGAUUGGCCAAAAUGGCUCAAGUGGCGGACACACCACAGGUCCCAUCGGCACGCUGAGCUUCAGGGCCCUGUACCCCCUCCUUUGGGGGCCACUGUUUCCAUCCACUUCCUCUCCUCAGCCUUCUGUGGCCUGUAACUUUCCUUUCCUCUUCUUCAUGGAGCCUGCAGUGUCCUGCCCAGCACAUCACUAAGUCACAGUGACAGGAACUCAAGGACAUCAGUUUGGUUGUAGCUGCAGUACAGGCAUGUGGUUCCUGAAGCAGGGUCAUGGGGUGCUGUCCUGGCUGGGUUGGGGGACCCUGGUCAAACUGAGGUGGGCCUGUAGUUCCAGAAAAGCCUAGCAGCACCCCCACACCCCCCAACAAAAGGCAGCCUGUUGAGUCUACAGAGCUGCUCCAUGGAAGGCUAGUAUGAGCCACUGUGCUCUGGGCUUGUUUUAAAGUCAGAAACAGAAGGAAGUCGUCCCUACUCCAUCAUUCCAAGAAAAGUGCAGGAGAACUUCUGGGUCCUCAGCUGCUUUUAGAGUCCCUCGCCCGCCACCUGACUGCGGGAGCUGCUGUGCGCCCUGCUGGUGUCCCUGAGACCUGGCUUGCAGAGCUUGCUGUACAUGCAGGGGCUUGGCCGUGCCCAGUCUGCCCUUCUUACCAUGGAUAUGACAGCUGCUGAAGCUGUGUCUAGUGUGGAGCCUGAGGAAGGAAGCACCUUAGGGACUCGGAAGCAGCUUUCAGUCAUUCUCUGUGUCAAUGUAAGGGGAGGGGAGGUCACCUUGCACCCCCAGCACAGUGUGGUGCAGUCCCAGUGGCAUCUGAACAGGGCAGUCUCAUUGGAAGAUGUUUCCCUGCUUCAUCUUUAGCACUCGGCACCUCUCUCACCUCCACCCUCACACCUUCCUAGUUUGUCUCUUCUCCAUCCCAUCAGCCUUUGCUCUUCCAUCCCUUCUCGAAGGGCCGCCCACUUGGAGUCUCCAGCACUGGUCUGCCCAAGCCUCUCAUCGCUCUCCUUCUCCCCGUGCAAGUGUCUGGUCACUGUCCCUGUGAUGAGUCCUCUGUCCUCCCUGCUUCCAUUAGCAGCCAAUGGAUGAGCGUGGUCAGCUGGAGCCUGUGGCCAUCUCUCCCUGUUCCCCUUAGAAACACAGCCAGACCUGUUCAUGUGAUGCUGGUGCACGGGAUUUGUCCGAACCAACAGAACAGUCCUGGAUGCUGUUACAAAUGCUAGAUGUGCCCUUCAGGCGAGCUGACGGUUAAGAAUGAUAGUACUUCUGGUUGGAGGAAAAAAAAGUCACCUGAUCUCAGCCCCUUCGCACCCUGUAUCUCCUCCUCUCUCCCUAAGUAAACAAAAACACUAGAAUUUAUUUAUAUGUAUUGAUGUUGUAGGUCUAGGUGAAAAAAAGUAAAUGUUCCACUUCUCUAUUUAUAUAUACUGUCUGAAUUACUCUGUGCAGGAAAGGCCAGGAAUUUGCAUGUAAAGUUCAGUGCGUUCGCCACUACGUGACCUCAGCUGUGGGCUCCUCCCUGCUGAGAUGCAGGUUUAAAAGGACCCUGGGGGCAGAGGACAGGCCUAAGGCCCCAGGCCCCCAGCAUCCCAACCCCUUCCAUGGUCUGAUUAAACGCAGUUCUUAGUGCAGAGAUGAUUUAUGGUGCAAUAUCUCUUUCAUGUGGUUUUAGAGCCAAGCUCAUGGUAAUAGAACUUGGGGUCUUAUUUUGGUUUCCAACCCCCACCCUCAGAUUGCAUACAUAAGCAGAAGCUUUGGCCAGGAGGCUGUGUGGCCUUUGGCGGGAACAGAUGACUCCCAGCUCCUUUUGUACUCCCGAGGCAGUUGGCAGGGGAGUGCAGAAUCCUCUCACCUCUGCCUACUCCAGUCAUUGCCUGAUGCUGGCAGGCUUGCCAAGGUCACUGGUGGUACUGCCUGUUGCUUGGCAACCAGUAACUUUGCAGUAGUGUUGGUCCUCUGGUGACAGCUCAGAGGAGUGAAAUUAAAAGUGUGGGGUGUCUGAGGGUCAACAUCCACCCUCUGAAAACUGCUGCCAGCUGCAUUUGGUCUGAUUCUGUAAUUGACACUUCCGGUUUUAUUUCCAUUAUCGUUUUCAAACUGAAUUCAUAGAACCCUUCCGGUUCUGGGUUCCUUAAGAGGGAAAACAAAGGAGGACUUCGUUACACAUCCAGAAAAGUUGGUUCAGUUCCAAAACUGGUCACGCCGGCUGCUUGUAGGGAUACUGGAGUAACUUGUUGAGCAUCACGGUUGCCCUCUUGGCUUCUGGAUCUGCCUUCCAGAUGGUCAGUGGCAAGGUUUGUAGCUGACCGUCACCCAGAGUGCAGGAGGUUAACGUGCACCGGUUGCUGAGGCAGUGCACGGCAGGUCUGGCGAAGCCCCUCCCCAGCACCCACUGGCUUCUCCUCUGCCAAGUAGCUGCAUGUUGCCUUUCAAACCUCUCUCGUCCCCUUACGCUUCGUGCAGAGCAAGCCUGGGCUAGGAGGUCUGUUGGAAAUGGCCUUUGAUAACCAAGGAUACUGGUGUGUGUGUGUGUGCUUUAUCCUGUUCUGUGAUGAAAGGGAUAUGCGGAUUUCCAAAAAGCCAGUUCUGAGUAUGAGGCAGGUGACCUAAGACAGGUAGGUCAUCUGGACAAGAGUGGCUCCAGGCUGGGGACGGACCCUGUCACCCAGCCGUGUUUCCACCGGGACCACCAGCAAAUGUCUGGCUAGUGAUCGUCAAGGCAUGGAAGACCUUCCAUUCACUGUUGUCCACCCCAGCUGGGUGGCCUCCGAGAUGGCAGCAGCACCCUGUCUUCAGCAUGUCAGGAAGCCUCGAGUGGAGAUUCCUGUUGAGGCUCUGUGUGGAGGGCAUUCUUCCACUCUUCCACUGUACUCUAAGCUUUUGACCUCAUGCCUUGUGUAGUAAAAAGGAUUUCGGGGGGUUUUGUUUUUUGAGCGGGUUUUUUGUUUAUUUCUUUUUGUUUUCAUUUUGGCCUUUCCUCUCUUUGUCUUUUCAUGUAGACCAGAUAUUUGAAAGGGCAGACGAUGGCUAAAGGUGUUCUGUGCAGCUUGUUUAUAUGUGUUUGGGGAAACUUUACCUCGGAUGGGAAAUGGAAUCAUGGAUUCACCCGGCUGUGCUGGACGCUCACUCUCCCUUCCCUCCAGUUCAGUACCUGUUGUUUCUCCUUUCAAAUAUGUGAUUGUACUAGCUCUUUCCAUAUGAAAGAACUCUCCUUAUUUAAAUAAAAAAAGUAAAAAAAAAAAAAAUAAAGCUGAACAUGCUUUCUCA